AUGGACACCUUUUUUAACUCGCGCGAUUCAACGGUUAACAGAGGGGUAAAACGCCCUGUCGGCAACGGAGCGUUAAGUCAACAACGCCCAUUUCAGAGGCAACGCACAUUAGAGUAUGAUAAUAGCGUGAAUUGUGUUAGCAAUCAGGUAAAUGAUUUGACGCUUGUAGAUAAUGAUAUGAUGGAUCUGAGCGAAUCGAGCGAAACGAAUACCACCACCACACCGCUUGAUUGCACAAAUGAAAUUUUAAGUCAGGCUGCUGUCGUGGUUGAUGUUGUCGCAAGUUUCGUUCCUUUCGGAGGCUUAAUAUCAAGCAUCUGUAAGGCAGGCGAAGAAAUCAUCUCUUUGUAUCAAAAGGCCGAGCAUAAUAGGGGUAUUUGCAGCCACAUGACUCAGAGGGUUAUCGCCGCCAUGGCAGCAGUGAGAGAUCUGAAAACAAGGAAGAAUGAGAAUGAAAAAUUUUUUACCAAAGAGAAUCUUCAGAUCUUUGAAGGAUUCGUGGAUUGCAUGUGGAGAAUACGGGAUUACAUUGUCGAGAUAUCACAACUUGGAAGGAUGAGAAUGAUAUUUCAAGGGAAUAUGAUUGAGCAAAGAUUUGACGAACUCACUACCGAAUUCGAGGGGUACAUGAAAUCUUUGCAGUUCUCGAUUAUCGUGCAGUCCAACCUGGGCACGAACACCGAGCUGCAGAUAAUUUCACAAAAUGUAAAAGAACUUAAAGAGAAUCAACAAAGAAUCCGAAAUCCAGACACGCCGGAACUAGUCAAUAUAGGAUUGUUGGAUCUAAACUUAUACGAGAGGAUAAUACCCAAUGUCACUAGGCGAAACGUUACCAAAAGGUUAAGUAAGCUUCACGGUGAUGAAGUGGCAUUCAAGGAAUUCACGAACAAUUCCGAAGAGACGGGAAGAGAAAUUUGUCAACAGGUUGCGAUCUUGCGAUACCUAAAAGACUCCGGACAUAUAAUUAAAUUUUAUGGUAUCGCAAAUGAUGGAAUUAAAUAUUACCUGGUGACGGAGUGGAUGGAAAAUCGAAGUCUACUUGAAUAUUAUGAAUGCCAUCCAUUCAUCUCAUGGACAAAGAAACUCGACUUUGCCGUGGACAUUUGUCGCGGCCUUAUAUUUUUAAAUGCGGUUGAGAUCCUUCACCGCGAUUUACGAGGCGCAAACAUGUUGGUCGAUAAAAACCAUAAGGUCAAAAUUGCCAAUUUUGGAUUAAGUCGAAAAUUCACCGAGAUCACGAGGAAUAUUCAGACAAGUCUGGUGACGGUGAGAUACAUGGCCCCCGAAAAGCUGUCCAAGGGGGAAAAACAUGCUUAUGAUGUUAAAUGUGAAAUCUACAGUCUUGGGGCACUCCUGUGGGAAAUUGCGGAACAAAGAAUGCCCUUUUCGACUAAAAAAUUGGAAUUUCAAGUCAUUCGUGAUCUGGUGGUCAAAUCCCGUUAUCGCGAACCAUUAUCCCCUGGAGUCCCGGAGGCGUGGAAGAUGGUUGUGAAUAAAGCUUUACACUAUUCACCAUUAGAUCGUCCCGCAAUUGCAAAUAUCUUUGAGAAUCUUUACCAGUGCCAAAGGACCUUCAAUCCUCAACCGCAGCCUAUAAAGGUUGUCGGUACAGGAGUGGAUGAUGGAUUUGGGUCAGAAAAUGAGAUUCUGGACAUCGAUGAGGCACCAAUGGAUGAAUCGGCUUUCAUGAGCGUCCAAGAAGCGAUUAAGGAACACAAGAAAGGAAACAAGCAGGCAGCCUGGAAAUGCUUUUGCCAUCAUGCAGAAAAUGGUGAUAUGCAUGCAAAAUUUUGGGUGGGUUGUUAUCUUUAUUAUUCUGAGAUUGAUGAUCUUAAACAUGAUAGAGAAGGGAACCUCGUGAGGGCAGCCCAACUGUUCAAAGAGACUGCCGACAAUGGAAGGACUGAAGCUCAACUAAAGUAUGGAGGUUGCCUUUGGUCAGGAAAGGGAGUGAAAACCAACUACAAUGAAGCGAUCAGAUAUCUGACAAUGGCAGCCGAUAACGGGAAUGCAGAUGCCAUGUAUAAUGUUGGGUGUGCAUAUUAUAAUGGCAAAGGUGUUUUGAUGAAUAGGGAAAGAGGAGUUCAUUAUCUGAAAGAGGCAGCUCGAAGAGAACAUCCCAAAUCAAUUGAGAAGUGUAAGAACAUUAAUGUUGACUAUUUAUAUUAA